CUCUCCCUCGGCGUAGCUGGGAUAGUGUAUCCUCUCGUCUACUUUGGACUACCAGGACCUCCAGCCAUCAUGAGAUUGCUUCUCAUUGCCCUCGGUGGCAUUCUCGUAGCCCUUUGCCACGCUGGUGGAGGAGGUAAAGGCGGAGGGGGAGGAGGUUACGGCGGAGGUUACGGAGGCCACGGUGGGGGCUUCUCCAAAGGCGGUUCCCACGGUCAGGUAGCCUCCUACGGUGGUUCCUACGGAGGCCAUGGCCACCAGGGAGGGUACGGAGGAGGUGGCGGCAAAGGAGGCUUCAAAGGCGGAUUCGGCGGAGGCAAAGGCGGCAUUAAAGGAGGCGGCGGAUUCAGAAGAGGCAAAGGUGGAUCCAAAGGCGGCUUCAGAGGUGGGAAAGGAGGAGGGAAAGGAGGAUCCUCCGGAGGCCAUUACAGGGUAGUGUACAUGCCGGUGUACAGGCCUGUGGCUAGGCCUAUGUCCUACGGAUUCGGGGGUGGGAAAGGAGGUUCUAAAGGAGGAAAAGGAGGAUCGAAAGGCGGAUCCUAUCGAGUCGCCUCACACGGCUUCGGAGGAGGAAAGGGAGGAGGAAAGGGAGGAUUCUCCGGCGGUUACGGCGGAGCUCGAGGAGGAAAGGGAGGCUUUAAGGGAGGAUCCUUUGGAGGCGGGAAAGGAGGUUCCAAGGGGGGAUCCUUCGGUCAUGGCGGAGGAUACGGAGGACAUUCGGGAGGAUACGGAGGACAUUCAGGAGGAUUCGGAGGACACUCAGGAGGAUUCGGAGGACACUCGCCGUCUUAUGGAGUCAGUUCUUACGGAAGCAGUUAUGGAAAAUAGGCUUCGUCUGUUCAGUGUCAAUAUGUCAGUAGUUUUUAAGCUUUCUUAUUUACAGCUUUUCUUCGCGAAAGUCAAAAUUCUCCUUGACUUGGGAACGGCUGGACUGUUGCCAAAACGAAUAACGGGUUAUUCUUGUAGGAAUCGAAGAAAUGGCUACUGGAGAUGAUAAUAGUACAUUCAUAAAUCUAAAGUUGGUUUAAAUUAGGAAUCUAGUUGAUAUAAAAAUCGAG